AUGAGGAAGCAUCGGCACUUGCCCUUGUUGGCCACUUUGUGCCUCUUUCUCUCAGGCCUCUUGGUGACUCAGGCCCAGCAGCAGCAACAAGCAGAUGUCAGAAACGGCUCUGCUGCUGACAUAAUCUUUCUAGUGGAUACCUCUCGGAGCACAGCCACGAAACAGUUCCAACUUGUUCGACAGUUCCUAUAUGAUGUGAUAGAAUCCUUAGCCGAGGGAGGCAAUGAUUUCCAUUUUGCCCUGGUCCAGCUCACCGGAAGCCCACAUACCGAGUUCCUGUUCAAUACGUACCAUACUAAGCAAGAGGUGCUCUCCCACAUCUCCAACAUGUCCUAUCCUGGGGGCAGCAACGGGACUGGACAAGGAUUAGCGGACAUAAUGAGCAAGCACCUGACCGCGGCUGCUGGGAGCCGGGCCGCCGCCGGAGUCCCUCAGGUUAUCGUAGUUGUGACCGACGGACGCUCGGAGGGCAGCCUCGCUCUGCCCUCAGCGGAAUUUAAGUCUGCUGACGUUAAUGUGUAUGCAAUUGGAGUCGAGGACGCAGAGGAAGGAGCGCUGAGGGAACUAGCCAGCGCACCGCUCAAUACGCAUGUGUUCAACCUAGAGAAUCUGACCUCACUUCAUGACGUGGUAGGGCAGCUGGUGUCCUGUGUGCGCACGUCUGUGUGGCCACAGAGGGCUGGGGACACGGCAGCUCUUAAAGACGUCACAGCACCAGACUCUGCUGACGUUCUUUUCCUUAUUGAUGGAUCAGACAACACCGGAAGUGCUCAUUUCGCAGUCAUUCGCGACUUCCUUGUCAAUGUGCUUGACAGACUCUCGAUCGGAGCUCAGCAGAUCCGAGUGGGGGUGGUCCAGUAUAGCCAGGAGCCCAGAACCAUGUUCCGCUUGGACAGCUACUCCGCCAAGGCCCAGGUUCUGGACGCGGUGAAGGCCCUGGGGUUUGCUGGCGGGGAGCUGGCCAACCUCGGCCUGGCCCUGGAGUUCGUGGUGGAAAAUCACUUCACCCGGGCUGGGGGCAGCCGCGUGGAGGAGGGGGUGCCCCAGGUGCUGGUCCUCAUAAGCGCUGGCCCGUCUAGUGACGAGAUUCGCGACGGGGCGGUGGCGCUGAAGCAGGCCAGCGUGUUUUCGUUCGGCCUCGGCGCCCAGGCCGCCUCCCGGGCCGAGCUUCAGCAGAUAGCUACCGAGGACAACUUGGUGUUUAUGGUCCCGGAAUUCCGUAACUUUGGGGACCUCCAGGAGCAGUUACUGCCCUACAUUGUUGGUGUGGCCCAAAGGCACAUUGUCUUACAACCACCAACCAUUGUCACACAAGUCGUGGAGGUCAACAAGAGGGACAUAGUCUUCCUGGUGGACGGCUCAGCCAGACUGGGACCGGCCAGCUUCAACGCCAUCCGAGAGUUCAUCAUCAAGAUCAUCCAGCGGCUGGAGAUCGGGCAGGACCUGAUCCAGGUGGCGGUAGUCCAGUAUGCGGACAGCGUCAGGCCCGAGUUUAACUUCAACACCUACCAGACCAAGCGGGAGGUCAUCACCGCCUUGCGGAGGAUGAAGCUGCUGGACGGCUCGGCCCUCAACACGGGCUACGCUCUCGAUUUCGUGCGCAACAACCUGUUCACCAGCUCCACCGGCUACCGGGCCUCCGAGGGCGUGCCCAAGCUGCUGGUGCUGCUGACAGGUGGCAAGUCCCAGGAUGACAUCAGCCAGCCGGCCCAGGAGCUCAAGAGGAGUGGCAUCCUGGCCUUUGCCGUGGGCAACAGCGUGGCCGAUCAGCUGGAACUGGAGGAGAUCGCCUUUGACCCCACCCUGGUGUUCACCACGACCGAGUUCCGGGCCGCCCCGCUCCAAAACAUGCUGAUCAACUUGCUGGCACCCCUGCGUACCCUCUCUGGGACCACGGAAGUUCACGCAAACAAAAGGGAUAUCAUCUUCCUUCUGGAUGGAUCGGUCAACGUGGGCAAGACCAAUUUCCCUUAUGUGCGAGACUUUGUCACGAGCCUAGUGAGCAGCCUUGAUGUCGGAAGGGACAGCAUUCGUGUCGGUUUAGUGCAAUUCAGCGAGACUCCGGUGACGGAGUUCUCCCUAGACACGUAUGAGACCAAGUCGGAGCUGCUUGCCCACGUGAGGCGGCUCCAGCUGCAAGGGGGGACGGGCCUGAACACGGGCUCUGCCCUGAGUUAUGUCCAUGCCAACCACUUCAGCGAAGCCGGCGGCAGCAGGAUCCGCGAGGACGUGCCGCAGCUCCUGCUCCUGCUCACGGCGGGGCAGGCGGAGGACUCAUAUUUGCAAGCGGCCAACGCCUUGGCACGGGCGGGCAUCCUGACCUUUUGCGUGGGGGCCAGCCAGGCCAAUAGGGCCGAGUUGGAGCAGAUUGCUUUUAACCCCAGCCUGGUAUAUCUCAUGGACGAUUUCAGCUCCUUGCCAGCUCUGCCGCAGCAGCUGAUUCAGCCCCUAACCACUUAUGUUAGCGGAGGUGUGCAGGAAGUUCCACUCGCCCAGCCAGAGAGCAAGCGAGACAUUCUGUUUCUCCUGGACGGCUCAGCCAACCUCGUGGGCCAGUUCGCCGCCGUCCGCGACUUUGUCUACAGGGUCAUCGAGGAGCUGGACGUGCAGCCCGAGGGCACCCGGGUGGCCGUGGCUCAGUACAGCGACGAUGUCAAGGUGGAGUCGCGCUUCGACGAGCACCUGCACAAGCCAGACAUCCUGAACCACGUGAAGAGGAUGAAGAUCAAGACCGGCAAAUCCCUGAACCUGGGCUACGCACUUGACUACGUGCAGAGACACGUGUUCGUCAAGUCGGCCGGCAGCCGCAUCGAGGACGGCGUGCUGCAGUUCCUGGUGCUGCUGGUGGCUGGCCGCUCCUCCGAUCGCGUGGACGGCCCGGCUGAAGGCCUCAAGAGGAGCGGCGUGGUGCCCUUCAUCUUCCAGGCCAAGAACGCAGACCCCGCCGAGCUGGAGAAGAUCGUGCCGUCACCCGCCUUCAUCCUGGUGACAGAGUCACUGCCCAAGAUCGGGGACCUGCAGCCGCAGGUUGUGAACCUCCUGAAAUCCGUGCAGAACGGGGCUCCAGCGCCAGGGGAGAAGGAUGUGGUGUUUCUGAUCGAUGGCUCCGAGAGCGUCCGCAGCGGCUUCCCUCUGUUGAAAGAGUUCGUGCAGCGAGUGGUGGAGAGCCUGGACGUGGGGCCCGACCGUGUGCGAGUGGCCCUGGUGCAGUACAGUGACCGCACCCGGCCCGAGUUCUACCUCAACUCCUUCAUGGACCAGCAGGGCGUGCUCAACGCCAUCAGCCGCCUGGCGCCACUGGGCGGCCCCACCCCCAACACGGGGGCCGCCCUGGACUUCGUCUUGAAAAACAUCCUGGUGGGCUCCGCCGGCAGCAGGAUAGCGGAGGGCGUGCCCCAGCUCCUCAUCGUGCUGACGGCAGACAGGUCCGGGGACGACGUGCAGGGCCCCUCGGUGGUGCUCAAGAAGGGUGGGGCCGUGCCCAUCGGCAUUGGCAUCGGCAAUGCUGACAUCACCGAGAUGCAAACCAUAUCCUUCAUCCCCGACUUUGCCGUGGCUAUCCCUACCUUCCGACAGCUGGGCACCGUCCAGCAGGUCAUCUCGGAGCGGGUGACCCAGCUCAGUCGAGAGGAGCUGAGCAGGAUGCAGCCUUUUUUUCCACCCCAGACGGUGCCAGGCAUGAGCAACAAGAAGGACGUGGUGUUUCUCAUCGACGGGUCCCAGGGUGCCGGCCCCGAGUUCCAGUACAUCCGCACCUUCCUUGAGAACAUGGUUGGGAACCUGGACGUGGGCUUUGACACCACCCGGGUGGCUGUCAUCCAGUUCAGCGAGGACCCCAGGGUGGAGUUCCUGUUGAAUGCACACUCCAGCAAGGAUGAGGUGCAGAGCGCCGUGCGGCGGUUACGGCCCAAGGGCGGGCAGCAGGCCAACAUCGGGGUGGCGCUGGAGUACGUGUCCAGGAACAUCUUCAAGAGGCCACUGGGCAGCCGCAUCGAGGAGGGCGUGCCACAGUUCCUGGUGCUCAUCUCCUCGGGCAAGUCUGACGAUGAGGUAGACGACUUCGCUGCCGAGCUCAAGCAGUCUGGUGUGGCCCCGUUCACUGUGGCCAGGGGUGCCGACCGUGAGGAGCUGGUGAAGAUCUCGCUGAGCCCUGAGUAUGUGUUCUCUGUCAGCUCCUUCCGGGAGCUGCCCAGCCUGGAGCAGAAGUUGCUGACGCCAAUCACCACCCUGACUGCUGAGCAGAUCCAGCGGAUCCUGUCUGCCACCAGCUACCCUGCUCCAGCCGUGGAGACUGACGCGGCAGACGUCGUCUUCCUCAUUGACAGCUCUGACGGCGUCCGACCCGAUGGCCUGGCACACAUCCGCGAUUUCAUCAGCAGGAUUGUGGGGAGGUUCAACAUCGGCCCGAGUAAAGUGAGGAUCGGGGUGGUGCAGUUCAGCAACGACGUGUUCCCUGAGUUCUACCUGAAGACCUACCGGUCCAAGGGUCCCGUGCUCGAAGCCAUCCGACGCCUGAGGUUCAAAGGGGGCUCUCCGCUGAACACGGGCAAAGCCCUAGAGUACGUGGCCAGGAAUCUGUUUGUGAAGUCGGCCGGGAGCCGGAUCGAGGACGGGGUGCCCCAGCACCUGGUCCUGCUGCUGGGGGGAACGUCCCAGGAUGACGUGUCCAGGUUCGCACAGGUGCUGCGCUCCUCAGGGAUCGUGAGUGUGGGUGUGGGCGCCCGCAACGCAGGCAGGACGGAGAUACAGAGCAUCACCAACGACCCCCGGCUGGUGUUCACGGUGCGCGAGUUCACCGACCUCCCCAGCAUCGAGGAACGGCUCGCAACAUCCUUCGGACCCUCUGGGGCCACCCCGGCACCUCCUGGGGUGGAAAUGCCUUCUCCUUCUCGGCCAGAGAAAAAGAAAGCCGACAUCGUGUUCCUGUUGGAUGGGUCCAUCAACUUCAGGAGGGACAGUUUCCAGGAGGUGCUCCGAUUUGCGUCUGGAAUCGUGGAUACAGUCUACGAGGAGGGCGACUCCAUCCAGGUGGGAUUGGUGCAGUACAACUCCGACCCUACGGACGAGUUCUUCCUGAGGGAGUACUCCACCAAGAAGCAGAUCAUUGAUGCCAUCAAUAAGGUCAUCUACAAGGGGGGGAGGCACGCCAACACCAAGGUGGGCCUGGAGCACCUGCGCCUGAACCACUUUGUGCCUGACGCCGGAAGCCGCCUGGAGCAGCGGGUGCCUCAGAUUGCCUUUGUCAUCACGGGGGGCAAGUCGGUGGAGGAUGCUCAGGACGUGAGCAUGGCGCUCACGCAGAAAGGGGUCAAGGUGUUCGCGGUGGGCGUGAGGAACAUUGACUCGGAGGAGGUGGGGAAGAUCGCCUCCAACAGCGCCACGGCCUUCCGUGUGGGGAACGUCCAGGAGCUGUCGGAGCUGAGCGAGCAGGUGCUGGAGACGCUGCACGAUGCCAUGCACGAGACCCUGUGCCCUGGUGUGAGCGAUGUUUCCAAAGCCUGCGACCUGGAGGUGAUUCUGGGCUUUGAUGGCUCAAGAGACCAGAAUGUCUUUGUGGCCCAGAAGGGUCUCGAGUCCAAGGUGGAUAUCAUCCUGAACAGAAUCAGCCAGAUGCAAAGGAUCAGCUGCAGCGGCAACCAGACACCCACGGUGCGGGUGUCCGUGGUGGCCAACACGCCCACGGGCCCCGUGGAGGCCUUCGACUUUGAUGAGUACCGGGCGGAGCUGUUUGAGAAGUUCCGUGGCAUGCGAAGCCAGCACCCCUACGUGCUCACAGCCGACACACUCCGGCUAUACCAGAACAAGUUCCGGCAGUCAUCGCCUGACACCGUGAAGGUGGUCAUUCACUUCACUGACGGGGUGGACGGUGACCUGGAGGACUUACACAGAGCUUCCGAGGAGCUCCGACAGCAAGGUGUCCGAGCCCUGAUCUUCGUGGGCCUCGAGCGGGUGGCCAACCUGGAUCAGGUGACGCAGCUGGAGUUUGGGCGUGGGUUUAUGUACAACAGGCCACUGCGGCUGAACCUGCUGGAUCUGGAUUACGAACUUGCAGAGCAGCUGGACAACAUUGCUGAGAAAGCCUGCUGUGGGGUUCCGUGCAAGUGCUCGGGAGAAAGGGGUGACCGUGGACCCAUUGGCAGCAUUGGGCCGAAGGGCAUAUCUGGAGAAGACGGCUACCGAGGUUACCCUGGCGACGAGGGUGGACCUGGGGAGCGUGGGCCUCCCGGCGUGAACGGCACACAAGGGUUCCAGGGCUGCCCGGGCCAGCGAGGAGUGAAGGGCUCCCGAGGAUUCCCGGGAGAGAAGGGUGAACUGGGAGAAAUCGGCCUCGAUGGGCUGGAUGGCGAAGAGGGAGACAAGGGGCUGCCCGGGACGUCGGGGGACAAAGGGAGCCCUGGCAGAAGGGGGGACAAAGGCCCGAAGGGGGAGAAGGGAGAACGUGGCGAUGUUGGGAUCCGCGGGGACCCGGGCGACUCGGGACGGGACAGCCAGCAGAGAGGACCCAAAGGAGAGACGGGUGACAUCGGCCCCAUGGGUCUCCCGGGCAGAGAUGGAGUUUCUGGAAGUCCUGGAGAAAUCGGGAAAGAUGGCGGCCCUGGCCGCAGGGGCCCUCCCGGAGCUAAGGGCAACAGGGGUGGUGCCGGCCAGCCAGGCUUCGAGGGAGAGCAGGGCACCCGAGGUGCACAGGGCCCACCUGGUCCCAUAGGGCCUCCGGGACUGAUCGGUGAACAAGGCAUUCCAGGACCCCGGGGAAGUGGAGGCACGGCCGGGGCUCCUGGAGACCGUGGCAGAAUCGGGCCCCUGGGGAGAAAGGGUGAACCUGGAGAGCCAGGACCAAAAGGAGGUGUGGGCAACCGAGGCCCUCGUGGGGAGACGGGCGACGACGGGCGAGAUGGAGUUGGCAGUGAAGGACGCAGAGGCAGGAAAGGAGAACGAGGAUUCCCGGGGUACCCAGGCCCGAAGGGAACCCCUGGUGAGCCUGGGGCAGACGGCGCACCGGGACCCAAAGGCAUCAGAGGCCGCAGGGGAGAUUCAGGACCUCCGGGGAUUGUUGGACAGAAGGGAGACCCUGGCUACCCGGGACCGUCUGGUCACAAGGGCAACAGAGGCGACUCCAUUGAUCAAUGUGCCCUGAUCCAGAGCAUCAAGGAUAAGUGUCCCUGCUGCUAUGGGCCCCUGGAGUGCCCUGUUUUCCCCACGGAGCUGGCAUUUGCCUUGGACACCUCAGAGGGUGUCACCAACGAUGCGUUUGAGCGGAUGCGAGACGUGCUGCUGCGUGUCGUGGGCAACCUGACCAUCGCUGAAAGCAACUGUCCACGGGGCGCCCGUGUGGCCGUGGUCAGCUACAACAACGAGGUGACCACGGAGAUCCGCUUCGCCGACUCCAGGAAGAAGGCGGCCCUCUUGAAGGACAUUAACAACCUGCAGGUGUCGCUGACGAGGAAGCAGCCCAGUCUGGAGACCGCCAUGUCCUUCGUGGCCAGAAACACGUUCAAGCGAGUACGGAGCGGCUUCCUCAUGAGGAAGGUGGCCAUUUUCUUCAGCAACCGGCCAACCAGGGCGUCCCCCCAGCUCCGAGAGGCCGUGCUGCAGCUCUCGGAUGCGGGCAUCACCCCCUUGUUCCUUACCAGCCAGGAGGACCGGCAGCUUGUCAAUGCCUUGCAGAUCAACAACACCGCAGUGGGACAUGCCCUCGUCCUGCCUGCCAGGAGGGACCUCAACGACUUCUUGAGAAACGUGCUCACCUGCCACGUGUGCCUGGACAUCUGCAACAUUGACCCAUCCUGUGGAUUUGGCAGCUGGAGGCCCACCUUCCGGGACAGGCGGGCGGCAGGCAGCGGCGUGGACAUAGAUAUGGCUUUCCUCCUGGACAGCUCAGAGAGCACCACGCUGUUCCAGUUCAACGAGAUGAAGAAGUACAUAGCCUACCUGGUCCGGCAGCUGGACCUGAGCCCAGACCCCAAGGCCUCCCAGCAUUUGGCCAGAGUGGCUGUGGUGCAGCAUGCACCCUACGAGGCCAUGGGCAAUGCCAGUGUGCCCCCUGUGAAGGUGGAGUUCUCCCUGACAGACUACGGCUCCAAGGAGAAGCUAGCGGACUUCCUGAGCGUCAGAAUGAAGCAGCUGCAGGGCACACGGGACUUGGGCAGGGCCAUCGACUACACCAUAGAGAACGUGUUUGAAAGCGCACCCAACCCGCGGGACCUGAAGAUCGUGGUUCUGAUGCUGACAGGCGAGGUGUCCCAGCAGCAGCUGGAGGAGGCCCAGAGGGCCAUCCUGCAGGCCAAAUGCCAGGGCUACUUCUUCGUGGUCCUGGGCAUCGGCAGGAAGGUGAACAUCAAGGAGCUAUUCGGCUUUGCCAGUGAGCCCAACGAUGUCUUCUUCAAACUGGUGGAUAAGUCCACAGAGCUCAACGAGGAACCGUUGAUGCGCUUUGGGAGGUUGCUGCCAUCCUUUGUCAGUAGUGAAAAUGCCUUCUACCUGUCCCCAGAUAUCAAGAAGCAGUGUGACUGGUUCCAAGGGGACCAGCCCGCAAGGCAUCCAAUGAAGUUCGGCCACAAGCAAGUAAAUGUUCCAAAUAAUGUCACUUCAAGUCCAACCUCAAAACCAGUGACCACAACAAAGCCAAUGACCACCACAAUGAAACCAGUGACCAUCAUAAAUCUGCCAGCCGCUGGGAAGCCUGCGGCUCCCAACCCUGUGGCCUCUAAGCCAAUGGCUUCCAGUCAGGUGGCCACCAACCUUAUGGUCUCAAAGUCCUUGGCUGGUGAUCCUGUGGCCUCAAAGCCCGUGGCCACCAACCCAACAGCCUCGAAGUCCGUGGCCAGCAGCCCUGUGGCCUCGAAGUCCAUGGCCAGCAGCCCUGUGGCCUCGAAGUCCGUGGCCAGCAGUCCAGUGGCCUCGAAGUCUGUGGCCAGCAGCCCCGUGGCCUCGAAGUCUGUGGCCAGCAGCCCCGUGGCCUCGAAGUCCGUGGCCAGCAACCCCGUGGCCUCGAAGUCUGUGGCCAGCAGCCCAGUGGCCUCAAAAUCCAUAGCCAGCAGCCCUGUGGCCUCGAAGUCUGUGGCCAGCAGCCCUGUGGCUUCGAAGCCAGCUACGGUGAGACCUGCAGUGGCUGUGAAGGCAGCAGUAGCGAAGCCUGCAGCUGUGAGGCCCCCCGCUGUUGCUGCAAGACCGGUGGCCACCAAACCCGAGGCUCCCAAGGUGCAAGCAGCCAAACCAGCUACAGCCAAGCCCAUAGGAAAGAUGCCCCGAGAUAUCCAGGUGGCCGAGGUGACCGAGAACAGCGCCAGGCUGUACUGGGAGAGACCAGAGGCCCCUGGCCCCUACUUCUACCAUCUCACCGUCACCUCGGCCCAUGACCAGUCCCUGGUGCUGAAACAGAACCUCUCGGUCACGGAUCGUGUCGUCGGGGGUCUGCGCGCGGGGCAGACGUACCACGUGUCGGUCGUGUGCUAUCUGAGGACACAGGUCCGAGCCGUCUACCAGGGCACUUUCAGCACCAAGAAUCCGCAGCCUGCGGCACAACAGCUGGCGAGGUCAGCCUCCAGCGCCACCAUCAACCUCAUGGUGAACACAGAGCCGCUGGCUCUCACUGCGACAGACAUCUGUAAGCUCCCGAAGGAGACGGGGACUUGCAGGGACUUCGUCCUGAAGUGGUACUACGAUGCCAAGACCGAGAGCUGCGCCAGGUUCUGGUACGGAGGCUGCGGUGGAAACGAGAACAACUUCAGCAACCAGGAGGAGUGCGAGAAGCUCUGUGCCCCCGACUUGCCACUUGCCAAGCCGGAGGCCAUCAACGUCAUGGGCACCUAA